CCCUGCUCCAAUGGAACGGCGGCGGCGGCCGCGGCGGCUUCGCACCGCCCGCGCUACCGGCCCCAGCCAGCCCGGCGCGGGCGCCCCGCCGCCGGCCCCGCUCCCGGUUCCCGGUUCCCGGCUUCUUCCCGGCUUUUUCCCGGCUCCGCCGAGCGCCAUGGAGAGAUAGCCGCGGCACCACGCAGGAAGAUGCACAGUCCCAUCCCAGGCCUGGGCAGGGUGAUGGUGUUCCUCGCGGCAGCUCUGGCAUCAGCCUCCCUCGCUGUCCCUGAGGACAGAGAAGAAGAAGGUGUGCAGUAUGGACAGGUGGGGACAGAUGUGACCCUGUCGUGCGCCGGUGCCCACGCCGGCUCGCCAGUGCAAUGGAGACGGGCAGGUGCCGCGGCGCUGCCGGAGGGCUCAGCCAUCUGGCAGGGAGCCCUGGUGCUGCCGCAUGCCAGCUUGGCCACCGCAGGAACCUACAGCUGCCACGGCGAGGACGGUGGCCUCCUGCAUGCUGUGUCCCUGCAGCUGGGGUACCUGCCGGGAGUCCCCUUUGUGUCCUGCAGAGCGUCUGACUAUGAGAAUUUCUCCUGCUCAUGGACCUCCAGUGUGGAGACCUUCCUCCCUACCAGAUACAUCACCACCUACAGGAAGAAAUCGCUGACGGGUGAAGAGAAGCGGAGGAACAAGAAUGGGCACAUGGGGCCGUGCCUGCAGGAUCCAUCCCGCCCCGGCACCUGCACCGUCCAUGGGUCAGAGUUCUGGAGCUCCUACCGCCUGAACAUCACCGAGGUGAACCCCCUGGGCUCCAGCUUCCGCCUCCUUGACAUCACCAUGCAAGCCAUCAUUAAGCCGGACCCUCCAGAGGGCUUGGUGGUGGAGCCCAUCCCCCGGGCCCCACGGCGGCUCCAUGUGAGCUGGAAGUACCCUUCCUCCUGGCCCAAGGAACCCCACUUCCAGCUCAGGUUUCGGCUCCAGUACCGGCCCGUCAUCCACCGCUCCUGGUCUGUGGUGGAGACGGUGAACCUCUCCGAGGUGAUCACAGAUGCCUUUGCUGGGCUGGAGCACGUGGUCCAAGUCAGCGCCAAGGAUUUCCUGGAUGCGGGGAACUGGAGCGAGUGGAGCGCCGAGGCCCGGGCGACGCCGGUCAGAGACCCAGCCACUGUGGCAAGUGAAGAAACCACUACAGACACCAGCCUGGAGAGCCUGGCCGAGGAGCCCUCCCAGGCUCCCAACCCUGAGCCCAUCAACCACAGUGACCCCCUGGAGAAGACAGCCGUCCUGGUGUCCCUUGGGAUCUUUGCCUUCUUUGUCCUGGCUGCUGUUCUCGUCAUCACCAUCCUCAUCUGGCUCCGGGUGAGGAAACAUGGCAAGGACAAGACCAAACCCCACAACUUCUUGGUUGCUGCCACGCACUUGAAGGCACUGCCGAAGGCCCAGAUCCUGUAGUGAGCCCUGGCUGAUCCCCGUUCCCUGCACCCGCUCACCCACGCGUGGGGCUUGAUGCCACUGCUGGCACCCAAGGACCCCACUCCUCCUGGGUCGCCCCAUGACCGUGGACAUUGCUGGAGCCCCCAGCACCCUGGGGGUGCAGGAUGAACCCUAAGGAGAGAGGCUCUGCUCCCAGGAGCUUUGGGCUGCCCGUGCCUGCCAGGAGCCGGCUGGAGGUACCUCGGACUCAAGGCGACAAGCCAGACCCACCACCCGGCGCUGCUGAACACAUGGGGAUGAUGAUGCUGAGCCAGGCCCACUUCACUGCCUAGUGUCAAGGGGGACCAUGGGUGCAUGCUUCUGGGGGUGCCGGGCAUCAGUGGGCAGGGGAUGCUGAGCCCUACCCGUCACCCCCCACCAGCCACCAGCAGGCAGAAGGAACCCCCCUACCCCAUCCCUCUGCCCCACGCUGUGGCUGGACGAAGCAAUGAUGCCAAUAAAGGGGAUAGCAUUGGCACUGCCCAAGCAAGACCCCCUUGCAGAUGGUGCUGGGCCAGGGAAGAGGUGAGUGGCACCGGGUGAGAUGCCAGCUUGGGGAUGGUCCUUGCAGGACGUGCACAGGCAGCAGGGCUGGUCUCCAAACAGGUCGGCCCCCUCCCCAGGCACCUGGAGGGGCUGAGAGAGACCCUUGCCCGGGCCAGCCCUUGCUGGGUGCCAGACGAGGAUGCAGGCAGCUGCCUGCGACAUCUCGCCUGACCUCGCCAGCCUGGCAGCAGGGACAGGACCCUCUGCACAGCCCCCCUCACUCAGCAUGUGGCCCCCUCCCCACACCUCUACCCGGCCCCUCUAAUGGCUUCCAUGUGUUGGCACCUCCCGACCCGGUGCUCAGCGCCAGCAGCCCAAUGAGAUCCAGAUGGGGCUGGAUGGAAAUUCAGGCAGCGGUGGCGCGGGGAGUGCAGGGAGCAGAGCCAACGCGGGGUGGGUUCCUGCGCCCACCCUGCCAGGGAGAUGUGUCACUCCCGGCUGGGCCCCGGGGCUGCCCUUGAAUCUGGGGUGCAGAGAGAGCCUGGAGGAGGGAGACCUCCUGAGAGGGUUCUCGUGGGGACUGGGUUGGAGGGGACUGGGGCACGGCUGUGCCUUUUGCAAUGGCUUGUGAGCCCACGGACCCCUCUGCCCUCGCUGGCUGCCCCUGCGCUCCCACCCCGUGUGCGGGGGCAUGGGGGCUGCCUGUGCUAGUGCUUGGCUCUGUGGGGUCCCAGCCCCUUGCUGUCCCUGGUGAGCACACUCACCCUGGAUGGGGGAGAUGGGGGUCAGCCCUCCAUUUACAGUGUUCUACUAGGGUGGCAUCCUUGGACAGAAAAGGGCUCUCCAUGGAGCAAGUAAGGCAGGUCACCAAGCUGGGGAGGUAUAAGGGGCCAGAUCCUGCCUGGGCUUCUGGGCCCAACAACCACAUCCCCUCUCCCAGGUGCAUCCCAGAACUUGCCAGCUCCAGCUGUGUCAUGCUGCCAUCACCUGCUGGACUCUUGUCCCCAGCAUCCAACCCAGCCAGCACCCUUUCUGAUGUGUCCUGGUCACCCUUUUCUCCCCUCAGUCCCCAGCAUGGCUUGGAAAUCUGCUCUUACUGCCACCAGAUCCCACUCUGAUGCCACUAUGGAAGGGAUCAGGGCUGUGGUUGUCCAUAGGAUGCUGUUGAACAUGGGUGAUGUCCAUCCUAUAGCUGUGGCUCCAGCAUUUGCAAACUGAGCUCAGUGUUUUCCCAGCACCUGGUGCUGGUUUAGAGGCUGAUGGCUGCUUGAGACACAGGAGCGUAAUGGCCAGAAAAUGGGAGAGACCAUGAGCUGGCAGCUCUGGCCCCCAUAUCCUGCCUGCUUAUAACCUCCAGAAAGUCCAGGCCUUCUCCAAAUAAAAGGGGGUUGCUGCCGGCCAGAGGGACUAGAGACCACUGGAGCCUCGCACAUCCACAGGGGAACGUGUGCCUGCAUUGUGCAGGCAAGCUCAGGUGGGUAGAAGGGAAAUGACAGGCAGAGGGUACUCAUAGCUGCGCUGUCCCCAUGUGCCAAGCCCUGUGUCCCCUUCCUUAGCUGGGGCUUGCCUGGCCGGGCUGUGGGGACACCCAGUUCUGGUGACCAGGGCAGCUUGAGGGUAGGAGAUGUACAUCUGGUCCUCAUCACCACAUCCUACUGCCCUUGGCCCUGGAGGGUGACCCCUUUCCUCUCUGGUGGAAGCUUUAGAGACAGGACUUGCCACUCGUUUGGCAGCUGGAGAUACCAAGAGCAGGCAAGACGUCUGCAUGCCACCGUAAAGUUCUGCCUGCCCACACUGCGGCUGCCUGCUGGGAUUCCCCAUGGCUCAGCUCCCUGCUCCAGCAGCCUGUAAAUGUCACACACGGGCAUUGGGAACUCCAAGGAAGCAGCAAGUUCAGCACUUGGGGGGACUAAGGAUGCUUGGUGCUGGGUGCUGCACUCCCAGCUGCCCAGGGGAGUGUGCCCUGGUGCUCGACAUCAUAGGCAAACAGGGCUUUCCACUGGACCAGUGAAGAUGCAAGGGGAGGGCUGGGGUGAACAGCAAUCUGGGAUAAAGGAGAGGGCUCUAGAUGCCAAAGUCAACUUCGCCUUCAAGCUGUGGAGAAGAAAAACAGGAAGGGACCAUGAGAGCAGUCCCAGCGCCGGCACCUCCCUGUCCCACCGCGGGGCCAGGGCACUUCCUCCAGGGCUCGGGCUUUUUGGUGGCUUGUGCAGCUGCUGAGCGAGCAGGAGGCUUCCUGCUGCAGGCUGGAGCCCUGCCUGGACGCACCCUGCCCGGAGUAGGCAGAGGCACUUCCAAACUUGCCUUGCUGCUGUAUCCCACCCUCCCCAGAGCGGAUGCUGUGCCAAGAUCGCUGGGGGAGCUGGUAUAAGCUAGGCCUGGGGAUGCUGAGGCUGUGCCAGGACAAAGCAGGCUGUGGGCUGCAUCCACGAGGAGCAGCAAUUGGUCCAGCUCCCUGGCAUGGAACAGGGACCAGCCCAAGCCCAGCAGGAGAAAAGUGCAGCAGAAUAUGCCGUGGGUCCUGCUGGGGGUACAAAAUUUCCAGCAGGCAAUGCCACAUGCCAGGGAAGGUCCCCACCACUGAGGUGCAGAAAGGUCCGUGUCCAGGUCUCCAUCCAGCGCAGAGCGGCCCCAUCCAGAGCAUCUCUCAGGCAAGGGCUGGGGUGCACCAGCCGCUCAGCUGUGUGCAGGGCUUGUUUGGGAAAGCAAUAGCCUGGGCAAAAGCUUUUGCAGGAGGGCACUGGUUGUGGACUGUUGUGCAGCAGUGCCUGGGCUGCUUGACUGCCACCAACCCUGCCAAAUAACUGAGCUGGCCCUCAGGCCUAACCUCCUCCUCUCCCUGCCUUGCUGCCAGGGUCAGCCCGCAUUUUGCAGGGGAGGAGGCAGGUUGCACAGGACUGUGAAGCAAAACAGUCUCAACUUACCUCUCAUGGCUGCUCCUGCUUCCUUCUGCACCACAUCCUGAGCCAAGGAAAGAAGUAAUAGCAGCUCCAGCAGAUCAUGGAAGCCAUAGGGGCAUGAAACAUAUAUAUGUCACGAGGCAAGGGAGAAAGGAAAGGGUACAUAUACAGUCAGUGGUUCAGUCAGGGAGGGAAGGAUGCAUGGAUCGAGGGAAGGAGCUGUGCAGAUGUAUAGAUGGAUGCAAGGAUCAGUUGGCAGAGGGGGGAAGGGUUGGAUAUAUGGGUGGAUGGAUGGAUGCAUAGGCAGUUUGGACACCCAAAUACCGUCCUAAGCAUCAAAGAUGCUCAUUAUGCAGGAGCUGUCUUGUGAAGAUGGCUGGGAGGCCAAGUAUAUAAGGCUGGCAAAGGGAGGCCCAUGGGCAGAGCAAGGACAGUGUUUGGGAACAAGUCCCACAUGUGACCCAUGCAUCCAGUCCCCAUGGAAGUGGCAUCACAGCUGACAAGAGGAGACAGAGCCUAAAUUGUUACCAGUGCAGGUCCCGACAG